AUGUCGACCCUCGGUUCGUCAAAGGGCAGUCGCACGUCUGAGAAGGACACUGCCGUUCGCAUCGGAGACUGUUCUUCCGCUGUUGCUGUCGAAGUAGUGCAGGAGAAGGACGACGAUCUUCUUGCACUGGGCGUUCGGGAGCGCGCUGAAAGGCAAUUACUUCGCAAGCUGGACACAAGUUUAAUGCCUACCAUUAUCGUGAUAUUUAUUAUGAAUUACAUCGACCGGAGCAAUCUUACGUCUGCAAGAUUGCAAGGACUAACGCAAGAUCUGCAUUUAUCCGAUAUUCAAUACUCAACCGUCCUAGCAGUGUUCUGUGCCUCAUACUGUCCAGCCCAAAUCCCAUCUAACAUGAUCCUGAAUCGUAUCUCGAGGCCAUCUUAUUUCAUCCCGGCGUGCGUCAUUAUAUGGGGACUCGUGAGCAUCUUGACCGGGGUCACGAAGAAUUACGCCGGGAUCUUGAUGUGUCGCAUUGUCAUCGGCUUCCCUGAGGCAACAUUCUAUCCCGGAGCCAUGUACCUACUCUCCCGGUGGUACACGCGCAAGGAACUUGCUUUCCGAGGAGCUAUCAUAUACGGUGGUCUCCUGAUCUCCAACGCUUUCGGAGGUCUCUUGGCAGCUGGCAUUCUAUCGGGCAUGCAAGGAAAAUUGGGUAUCGCGGCUUGGAGAUGGCUUUACUACAUUGAGGGUGCUAUCUCCAUUUCUAUCGGCAUCGUUGCGAUAUUUAUCUUGCCAGACUACCCGCACAAUACACGUUGGCUAACCGCAUCGCAGUUGAGGCUAGCCCGCGUUCGAUUGGCGGAAGAUGUAGGAGAGGCGGACGAAGAUUCUGCGCAAGAAUCAGCUAUGGUCGGAUUGAAGCUCGCCCUCAAGGAUCCGAAAGUGCAUAUAUUUGCCAUCAUGAAUUGCGCUCAGCUGUUGGGACUCGGCUUCAUCAACUUCUUCCCAACGAUUGCGAAAACUCUUGGGUUCUCAACGACAGUAACUCUGUUGCUUACUGCACCUCCCUGGAUUUUCUCCACCAUCAUGUGCUGCGCGAACUCCUGGCAUGCAGACAAGACUGGUGAACGUUUCUUCCACCAAGUUACACCAUGGUUCGGCGUGCUUGUCGGGUACAUCAUCGCCGUCUCCACUAUGUCAACGGGCGGCAGGUAUGUUGCCAUGUUCCUCAUGGCGAGUGGAUAUGCAGGCUUUGCUUUUACCCUUGUGUGGGUGUCGAGUGCCAUACCGCGUCCCCCGGCCAAGCGUUCUGCAGCCAUGGGUAUCAUAAACGGUGUCGGAAACCUUGGCAAUCUGAUCAGCUCAUACUCGUGGCGAACACAGUGGAGCCCCGACUACCAUCAGUCCAUGUACAUCGGGAUCUCCAUGCUCUCGUUCAGCACUGUUCUGGCUUUAGUCAUUCGUUACAUGCUCAUUCAACAGAACAAGCAGUUGGAGCGAGAAGAACACCAGGAAAUCAAGGGAGCGGAGCGAGGACGGAUUGAAGAGGCUGCACGGUUGGAGGGCCUGACCUUCGAGGAAGCUUUAGAGCGCAGGAGGGGCUUCCGAUACCUGUACUAG